AUGGCGAAGAAGCUGCAACAUUUACAAACCAUUCUGGCCAACCUUGCUCGUUUCGCUCCUGCUGCUGCCAGUCAUGCUACCGACUCGGUGGUCAACAAAGAUGAUGCACUCAACCCCCCAAGCGUAGGCUCCGUAUCAAACGAGCAUGAAGCGAAGCAAUCUGCACGCGAUUCUCGUGAUCUGGAAGGCUCAGAUCCCCGAUUCAAGCCACAGACUCGCUCCACUGCCUCGCCAAAGCCCGUCAUAGAUCCCGCCACCAUCACGACAUGGCAAGAUGGCCUGAGAUGCGUGACAAAGAUUGCUGCGCAAAAUGCACAGUUUGCUGCGAGUAUUCGAAAGAUGAUGGAAGACCAACGCCGGAACGAGAUGCGGUGGUAUGCCGAGAGACAGGCCCUGAAGCAAGCCCAGGCGAACCGCGCAAAAUCUUCCCAGGAGGCUCAAUCGAUCCUGCGAUCCCUUUCGAACGGCGGCAGCCCGGCAAAUCCCAAUGACACCACUCCUACUGACACCGAGGCCGAGCUCGCGAGAUUCGACAGGAAGAUAUAUGACGCUCAGCUUCACAUGAACUUCACAAUGACUGCCGAAUUGAAAGGGCUGGGUGUGCCCUUCUUCGGCACGGAUCAAAGCCUGAUACUGGACGAUCGCGGCUCGACAGCGGAAAAGGGGGAGCGACCAAAAUGGAGUCCACUGGUCAGCCAGACGCAACUACUAGGCUUGCAAAGACGGAUGGUGGAGUAUCUGGAGGACUUGUAUCGUGACUAGCAGAGAUGAGAGAUAUGGCCUUGCCGUCCGUGCUCGUCAGCUCGUGACUCGAAGUUGGACCCUCCGAUCGCGUGCCUUCCUUUUUCAGAAAUUAUUGAAUUAAGGUUUGUGCAUGACAUGCAUUUCAUUUCGCAGUGUUUCUGUUGUCGCAGGACUCAAUAAAAACAUUCCUCCUCCUCCUGACGUUCCUCGAUCCUCAC